ACACAACGGUUAGCUAUAAAAACAACAACAGAGCUCUUCAAAAUGUUGGUCUCUCCUCCUUUUUUAUUUUUUCCUUUUUGCUCUCUGGCUUCGCUUAUUAAGAGGAUAAGCAUAUUUCAUAUGGACUCAAUGACAAUGGACAAAGCAGCUUCUGAUGAACUUGCUCGCGACUCCCUCAUAGCGCUCUCUCAGUCUACUCCAGAGGAAAUCCUCAGUUCUAACUCAUCAUUCGCCUUUGUAGACGAUGCCAAUCUAACCGAAGCAAAUGACUGUAAUGGAGCAGAAGAUCAUAGAUCAGAGUUGAUAUCACUUUCUUACAUACAAUCUCCAGACUGUCAACCGCCGCAGCCUAAAGCAAAUGACUGUAAUGGAGCAGAAGAUCAUAGAUCAGAGUAGAUAUCACUUUCUUACAUACAAUCUCCAAACUGUCAACCGCCGCAGCCUUGAGCACGAUAAAGAACAUGAAUAAUUUUGAACAAUUUGAGACGUUAGUCUUAUUUGUUAGAGAUAUGAUUGUAAUUUUUACGAGACCAUAAUAUAUUCAAGAAGUCUUUUUGCUAAAUAUAUGUUUAUCAGAGGCUUCUGCAUGAUAUUUGGAGAACAGAACCCAUAUAUCUCAUCUUCA